CCGCAGCAUUUCAAACAUUCAGAAUUGAGAGUUGAAAGGAACCCUAGCCGUUUGUCUCUCGGUGGCAACAAGAUGCAGAUCUUCGUGAAAACCCUAACGGGGAAGACGAUCACCCUGGAGGUGGAGUCGUCGGACACCAUCGACAACGUGAAGGCCAAGAUUCAAGACAAGGAGGGCAUCCCGCCAGACCAGCAGAGGCUCAUCUUCGCCGGAAAGCAGCUCGAGGACGGCCGAACCCUAGCCGACUACAACAUCCAGAAGGAGUCCACUCUCCACCUGGUGCUUCGUCUCCGCGGCGGAAAUGGUAUGCAGAUCUUCGUGAAAACCCUAACGAGGAAGACGAUCACCCUGGAGGUGGAGUCGUCAGACACUAUUGACAACAUGAAGGCCAAGAUUCAAGACAAGGAGGGCAUCCUGCCAGACCAGCAGAGGCUCAUCUUCGCCGGAAAGCAGCUCGAGGAUGGCCGAACCCUAGCUAACUACAACAUCCAGAAGGAGUCCACUCUCCACCUGGUGCUUCAUCUCCGCGGUGGCAACAAGAUGCAGAUCUUCGUGAAAACCCUAACGGGGAAGACGAUCACCCUGGAGGUGGAGUCGUCGGACACCAUCGACAACGUGAAGGCCAAGAUUCAAGACAAGGAGGGCAUCCCGCCGGACCAGCAGAGGCUCAUCUUCGCCGGAAAGCAGCUCGAGGACGGCCGAACCCUAGCCGACUACAACAUCCAGAAGGAGUCCACUCUCCACCUGGUGCUUCGUCUCCGCGGCGGAGCCAAGAAGCGUAAGAAGAAGACCUACACCAAGCCCAAGAAGAUCAAGCACAAGCACAAGAAGGUCAAGCUCGCCGUCCUCCAGUUCUACAAGGUCGACGACUCCGGCAAGGUGCAGAAGCUCAGGAAGGAGUGCCCCAAUGCCGAGUGUGGCGCCGGGACCUUCAUGGCCAACCAUUUUGACAGGCACUACUGUGGUAAGUGUGGCCUCACCUAUGUUUACCAGAAGGCCGGUGGCGACUGAGUUUCUUCUUUUACUAGCAUCAGUGUUCUUGGGGAUUUGAACAGAUGGUUUAAUUUCAAGGUUUAGAACUCGUAAUCCUCUUUGUUGAGGUUUAUAUUGAGAAUUUUGCUUCUGAAUUAUGGAGUUUAAUGGAUAGUUUUUGAUGAAUUUAAUUACCUGCCUUACAAUAUUGGAUGGGUGAAAUUCAGUAAUUGCUAUUAGAUUGUCGAUUUA